AUGGCAGUGGCGCUUCCUUCGGCGGCGCUGUGGCGCUGUCCGCCAAUGGGGCGAGCGGUUGUUGCCGCCCUCCUUCCCUGUCCCGCGUGUCCCACCGCGCAAGAUGGCGGCCGCGGUGCGGGGCGCGGAGGAGCUGGAGCUGCUGGAGCGGCUGCUGGGGCUGCCGGGCGGGAACAAGUUCCUGUUCUGCAAACCAACAGUGGCCCUGGGCUGAGGGGGUUGAUGACCAUCGCUGCCCACCUGGUCAGGCAGGCCAGGAAGGACCAACUGCUGGGGAGCACUGCUGAGGAGAAGGCUGUGGUGCAGCAGUGGCUGGAAUACAGAGUGACCCGGGUCAAUGGAGGCUCCAGCAAGGAGGAUACCAGAACAAUUCUGAAGGAUCUUAACAUGCACCUUGAAGAUAAAGUCUACCUUGCAGGAAACAUUUUUACCUUAGCAGACAUUUUGAUGUACUAUGGAUUGCAUCAUAUCAUGGUGGACCUCACAGUGCAAGAAAAGGAGAAAUACCUUAAUGUGUCUCGUUGGUUCAACCACAUCCAGCAUUACCCAGGUGUCCGACAGCAUCUGUCCGAUGUCGUCUUUGUCAAGAACAGAUUAUACACUAAUGCUCAUUAAGGCACAUCUUAAUGUCGUGCUGGAAUGAGGUGUGGGAGUUCAGAAGUUGUGCUGUCCAAAGCCACUAACCUGCAAAUACUGUUUUGUAACCUUCUGUAUGUGAACCGAAACUAUCAAUGCCUCAAGUAAUACAACUGCAUUGAAUUGCUGUUGUUCAUUCAAGAAUUUGAACUAAAGAAUUGUUGUGUAUCUGAUUAAAUGCAAAAAUUGUAGAAAGAUGGAAAAAUGGAGUUUUAAUUCACUAUUUUUUAAAAAAUUUAAGGUUCUUUUAAUUAAACAUUCAAGUGAAAUUACAUUAUCUUUACCAUCAAUUAUUCACUCCUUUUGCUAUUUAUUGAAUGUUUAUGUAUGUCAACCGGCUUUCCUUUCCUUUUCCAUGGAUGUUUACACUAGUUUUGUACAAGUUAAGAGCUAUAUUGUGUGCCAAGGAUGUGAAAAAGGGAACAUGCAAAUGUUACAAAGUAUUUAUGUGACCGAAUAAAUUAUUUUAAAACUGAAGUCUUAAUUUGGCUGUGAAACUUUCUAGUUUUUCUUCAGUAAAGAAGAUUUCAAAAGGUUAGUUCACUUCCUGCUUCAUUUUGUGGUGUACUGUUUUGACUGUGGAAGCAUUUCCUUUCAAACUGGGUAGCAAAAUUAAUAUCCUUAAAAAUUUUGUAUGUGCCUCACUUCAUUUUUUACACAAGUGCAGAUGCACUUUUCCCGCCCUGAAACAAAACCAACCAAAACCCUCAAUUUAAGAUAAUUUGCUGUUCUAUCAAGUUCAUUACUGAUGUUUAAAAUGGGCUUUAAAACCAACUACACUGUUGUUGAGUCACACAUUGGGUCAUUUUACUGUAGAACAUGGUCCUCUGAUUUUUAUUUGUAACAAGUAUAAAAGUGCUAACUUGGAUUGGUUAAUUACCUUCUGCACAAUUCAGAUAACAAUUCUUUUAAGACACUAAAGAAAUACAAAAAUAGACGAACUUCUAUGUUGGUUUCUUCAGCAGUGCUUAGCAGACAGCUUUACUCAUACAUUCUUUUGUUUUAUGUGCUACUUAGAAUCCUCUCACCCAGUAAGCAUAAAAAAGCUAUCUUGGAUAGAUGUUUGAGCAUUUUGAAUAUUAAAAGGCCUUAAAAAAAAAAGUAGUAGAUAAUGAGAUGAGGUAAUUGAAAUAUAUCCUGACCCAUAAAUGGAUAGAAGAAACUUGGAAGAAUAAGCAUAGCCUGGACAAUUCCAGGCUCUAAUAGGUGUUUUCUGUAGAUAUACAUCAUUUUAUUCUUAAUUAUUUUACUGAGAGUUUACAGGUGCACCAAGUUACUUUAAGGGCAAAACUUUCAGCAGUUUCUCACCAUUUCCUGGGGACUUAAUUCUCCAAUUCUAGCUACUCUUGUUCCUUGCUAUUUAGAAUCUCACCUUAGGUACUUACAAAGACCUCUCUGAAAUCUUCUCAUCUGUUCAAGAGUUGUGGAGUGGGCUUUAGUACAAAUGUACAUUAGAAACUUCUUUCUCAAAGCUUUUCAUAUUCAACUGCCUGAGCGCUUCAGGUGUUUACUGUUAUUACUUGUACACUUAAUAUCCAAUUUAUUCAAACAUUUAUUACCUAAUACCAUGUAUUCAAGUGAGUUUGCUUUUUCCCUCGUGUGUGGGAGCAAGUGAUGGUAAUACUUAUAAAAAUACCUGCAUUUCUACUAAGUUUUGCUAUAAUGAACCAUUUUCUGUUUCAGAAGGGGAGCAUGGGUGUGAAUCAUCAGUGCAUUUAGUCAGGGUUUAGAGAAGUUUCACGUUCAUCUUACGGAUUGUUUUUAUCGAUGCUUUUGCAAGUGAGAAUUAUUUAAGUUCUUUCAAGUGAAUGUGCAAGCCUUCAUCCAUGAAAAUAGCUUACAUUAUAGCUGAGAAUGCUGAAAUUGAGCCAGAGCUAAAUGUUGCUGGGAACAAUACUGUCAUCUUUUCAGUUAGGUUGUUGUAGAGAUGAUGCUACAAAAUGUCGUAUUUUUUUAAAUCCCAAACAGCUGCUGUUUGCAAGUAUUGGGAUUUCUCAGGCUGGCUACAUGCUACUGCUGCAGUAUCCCCUAGCCUCUUGUGCCAGUUUUAUUUUCUCUGGUGUAGAACAAAAGCAUUACUUGCUGCUGAAAUGUUAAAAAAAAAAGUUCACCUAGUAGAAAGAUGAAAUGUUUAGAAGUGGAUUAGUAAUAUUUAACUCUCUACUAUCUAAAAGGCAUUUGUUCAUUAUGAUAUAGUAACUGGAGCAUAAUUCAAUUUUCUUUCCCCUGCUUGGAGAAACUUUAGGGGAUAGAGGGUUAAAAGCAAAGAAGGAUGAAUUGAGACUUUGCCUUUAGAGGGAUGACUGGGAAAACCAGAUGGUAUUGAUUUUUGUCGCCUCUCCCCUUUCUAUCUAAUGCCUUUUGAUCAAGGACAAAUAAAUCUGUAAGAAAACUUCUGAGAAAUCACACAAUUCUAUCUGAGUUGGUCUGAGACUGUAUGCGGUACAUAUUUUACAACUGUGCUUCAUAAUUUUAAAAGAGAUGUGUAGUGGGAGCUCUCAAAUUAACACUGAUGGUCUGUGUAAAGGGUUUGCAUGGGUAGAUGUUUAGCUGCUUUUAAAGUUACUUCCUCUUUCUGUAAUAUUUUAUAAUACUUUCACUGAACAUUAGUAAAAGAGACUUUGCUCCCUUGCAACCCCUUUCUCCAUUCUUAAAACUCCAGUUGCUGAAGGGCACUGUGAUGUUUUACUUUUGUUGCUUUGCAUUUUGAUGAUGAUGAUGACCACAGUGAUGUGUGGAAUUUAUUUUCACAGCAUUUCAUGAACAGCACCACUUUCAUUUGUUAAUGUAUCUCAUCAUUGCAGUAUUAUUAUUUUGCAUAAUUGUUCUAAUUUAUUCAAGGGGCCUGACAUGUUAUGGUCUUAUAAGUAUGUGCCCCUGGGAAUUGAGUGUGUUGCCAUAUGGUGAGAUAGUGCUGCAUGACAACCUUUCAGCAACAGAAGAAUUCAACAGUGAAAUAAAUAUGAUAAUUGUAAGUAUUCAGUGAAAUCCUACAUUUAGCACUUUUGUCUUUUUCCCCUUGAUGCCAAGAUGACUGCUUGUAGACCAACCAGGUUGAAACAGGUAUUCAAGUAUUGCGUGAGAUACAUUAGA